AUGAAUAAUAAUGCUCUUGCAUAAAUCAGAAAAUUACAAGCUGGGGAAAAUAGAUAUUGCUUUGAGUGUCAAACUGGAAGUCCAACAUGGGCUAGUUUACCUUAUGGAAUUUAUCUUUGUUACAAUUGUUCAGGUUUUCACAGAGGGAUGGGUGUACAUCUUACAUUUGUUAGAUCAAUUGAAAUGGAUUCCUGGACUGAUAAAUAAUUGGCUAUGAUGCAUUUAGGUGGAAAUCAAUAAUUAAGAGUCUUUUUCUAAUAAUAUGGAAUUUAAAUUUCAGAUUAAAACAAAUGGAAAACAAAUGCUGCACAUUAUUAUAGAGAAAGAGUAAGCUUUAAUAAUUUUAAAUUAUUUAGAUGAAAGCAUUAGUUAAUGAAACACAAAUGCCUGAAGAACCUAUUGAUUGGACAGCAUUACAAGAGAUCCCAAAACCAUAAAUAUAAUAAUAACAAUAAUAAACUUAAAUUUAACAAGAUAUCACUCCAGAAUAAAAUGUACUUCAUCGUUGCAUAUAAUAGUUCUGGGAAUAAGCAUCAAAAUCAACAAAAGAAGCAUUUGCAAUUAUUGAUGAGAAGAUAUCUAAAGUUCAAAUCAAAGAAGAGGCAGUUUAAUUUGGAUAAUAAAUUUCAGCAAAAACUAAAUAAAUUGGAGUAUAUUCUUAUUAUAAGAAAUAGGAAAAAUCAACAAAGAUUGCAGAUAAGGCAUACAAGAGUUUAAAAAGUGGAUUUAAUGAAGCUUUUGGGUUUAUAAAAUCUAAGGCUGAUUAAGU